AUGGAGAAUGCAGAUGGGAAAUACAUUUCCCCAUUUCACGAUAUUCCACUCUAUGCUGGAUCCAAAGAGGAUAAAGAGAUUCCUGCAAAGAGGUCAAAGACUACAGGAAAUGAGGUCCUAUUUAAUAUGGUUGUAGAAGUGCCUCGUUGGACAAAUGCAAAAAUGGAGAUUGCCACUGAGGAGCCGUUGAAUCCCAUUAAACAAGAUACAAAGAAAGGCAAGCCUCGAUAUGUGGCAAAUAUCUUUCCUCACAAGGGUUAUAUAUGGAAUUAUGGUGCCCUCCCUCAGACCUGGGAAGAUCCAAACCAUACAGAUAACAUUACAGGAUGCUGUGGGGAUAAUGAUCCCGUUGAUGUUUGUGAGAUAGGUUCAAAGGUUCGCUCUUCUGGUGAGGUUGUUCAAGUGAAGGUCUUGGGUGUUUUAGCUCUUCUUGAUGAAGGAGAGACAGAUUGGAAGAUAAUUGCCAUUGGUGUGGAUGACCCAGAAGCCCAGAAAAUCCAUGGUAAGCAUUUUUACCUUUCUUAAUGCAAGUUGUGUCACCCACUUGAAUGAUUGUACCUGAGUUUACACCACCCAGGACAAGAGGAUACAGACAGCUAAGAGACAAAAAUUUUCUUUUUUCACUG